UGCUGGGGGCUGCGAAGGCAGACAGUGGUGGGAGUGAUGGAGGGUGACCAUCCUCAAAUCAUAUCCCAGGGUCAGCUCCAACCUUGUUAUGCCCCUGACUCAAGGCUGGUCUUCACCCACGAAACUCCGUAGGACUUGAGACCACAGGAUAUCUAACAUAUUGCUUGCUUCCGUAACCCCAUCUUCCCACUUAGCAGCUCCCUGAUUGUGGGGAAAAUUGGGGGAAGUUCAAUCAACUCUUAGGAAAACAGAAAGCAACUAUUGCUCUCCCCGCUCCCCCCCCCCACAUUCUUCUCUUGAUUAAAUCUUUCCCCACUUGUCUCAUCUCUCAGAUCCUCACUGAUUAUCUGUGUACGGUACCUCCAAAUCUUCUCUUCCAUAUCUCUCAAGAUUAAAAAAUAAUCUCUACUGGAGCUUUUCCACACAGGGGCUUUACCCCAAAUCUCCUCCAGAAGGCAUACUGUAUGUUCUUACUACAACCCGAUUCCCGCCAAGGUCAUACUGCCUCCUAUGGUGAAAUAUUGAAUGUUGAUACCACGGGGGCUUCUCUUGAAACUGGGAAACAAGAAGGUUUGAGUUAUGGUGGGGUUACAGCUUCAGAAACUAUUGCAGAGAGAGACCUAAAGAAUCUGGAGAAAUAUAAAGCAAAGAUUAAGCAUGUCAGUAAAGAAACUGGUAUUGAUGCAGCUGUGAUCGCUGCUAUAAUCUCUCGAGAAUCUCAUGCUGGAACUGUCCUGAAGGAUGGCUGGGGAGACAAGGGAAAUGGAUUUGGCUUGAUGCAGGUUGAUAAAAGAUUCCAUAAACCAGUUGGUACAUGGGAUAGUGAAGAACACAUUACACAGGGUACCCAAAUUCUACAAUGCAUGAUAAAGGACAUACAAAAGAAAUUCCCACUGUGGACUAAAGAACAACAGCUCAAAGGUGGAAUUUCAGCCUAUAAUGCAGGAACUAAAAAUGUCCACACCUAUGAAAAGAUGGAUAUAGGCACAACAAAGAAUGAUUAUGCCAAUGAUGUUGCUGCGAGAGCUAAGUUUUACAAGAGAAAUGGAUACUAAUAAAUGCUUUCAAAUCUUUCAUUACUUAAUGGUUUAACACAAAUAUGCAAGCUCCUUUGUCCCAACUUAAUUCAUAACAUAGCCUUCUUUUUUCCCUUAACUGUUUAAGUUGGACCACCUUUUAAAGUAAAUGUGGAUUUCUGUCUUACAGCAGUAUUACUGAACUGGGGUUUUUAACCUAUUCAUGACCAGCAAUCAUAGUGGCAGCUAAAGUGUAUUAAUUGCUUGCAAAUAACAAACUGGAAUAAGUGCUAGUUAUCUGUCUUGUAUGGAUUAGCAUUAAUUUUACAUGUACUUGAACACAAAUUGUUGUUUAAAUCAUGACCUCAAACUAGCAACAAGAUGGUUAGAUCUCCAUAAUUUUAAACAAACUUAAUGGUGGAUUAGACUGUGAACCAGGAAGUGCCUGGUUCAAAUGUUGCCUUUGCUUAUAAUUCAUUAGAGUGACCUUAUGCAAGCCAGUAUUGUCUUAGCUUUAGUUCCCCAUGUACAGUCUCCGGACAGUAAUGCUGUGUGGCUUCAAUAAUACAUGUGCUUUGAACACCAAGUACUACAGAUAUGUUAAGUAUGUUUGAUGCUGUGUAAUAAACUUGUAUUUCACAAUACA